CCAAAAUUCCAAAAAAGAAGAAGAAGAAGAAGAAGGUAAAGGUUGAAGGAGGAAGAAGCAGAGCAUAUAUGGCCGAAGCAGCGGUUUCCUUUGUUAUACAAAGGCUCGCUGAUUCGCUUGACAAACUUGAAUUUCAUACCGAUGUGCGUAGAGAAGUAGAGCGGUUACAAGAUGAACUCAGGAGGAUGCGUUGCUUCUUAAGAGAUGCUGAUGCAAAGCAAGAUGUGGACGAGAGAGUGUGUAAUUGGGUGUCUGAUAUCAGAAAUGUUGCUUAUGAUGCUGAAGAUCUCAUUGACACGUUUACCCUGAAGAUUAGUCCUCUGAAGAAGAAGCAUUUUAUCAGAAAAUACACUUCCCUUGUUAAGGAGUGGAAACAAAGAUCCAAGAUUGCCGAGGGUCUUGCUGCCCUCCGUUCCAGACUCCAAGAUAUCUCUGCCAGCCGUGAUACUUACGGUAUCCAAAACAUUGGAGAGGGGACUACUACUGCAAGUGAGACAAUGAGGAAGCUGAGAAGAUCAUCUCCUCGCAGCGAGGAAAGGGAUAUUAUUGGCUUGGAGAAUGAUACGGCUAAACUGGUGGAGCAACUCAUUCAAAUGGGGGAUCGUUGGAGUGCUGUUUCUAUAGUUGGAAUGGGCGGUAUUGGUAAAACCACUCUUGGUAUUAAGAUAUAUAAUCACGGUGCCAUUAGGGCUCGCUUUCCUUCCCGUGCUUGGAUUUAUGUAUCGCAGGAGUUUAGUGCAAGAGAUAUUCUGCAGCGAGUCAUAAGACAAAUUGCAUCGCCUAGAGAAAGGCUUGAAGCUUUGACAGAUGAAGAGUUGGAGGACUUGGUGUAUGAAAAUUUACGGAGGAAACGCUAUCUGGUGGUUUUGGAUGAUAUCUGGAGCACCAAGGCCUGGGAUUGCCUUAAAAAGGCCUUUCCCGCGGAUAGAAGUAACGGUAGCAGAUUGUUGCUUACAACUAGGAACAAGAAUGCUGCUCUGCAUGUAGAUCCUCAAACUACUCCCUAUGAUUUGGAAUUCCUAAGUAAACAGAACAGUUGGGAGUUGUUCUGCAAGAAAGCAUUUAUUGAUGGCAGUGACACAACUUGCUCGCCCUUAUUAGAGGAAAUUGGGAAAGAGAUUGUGGAGAGAUGUGCUGGUUUACCACUGGCCAUUAUUGUAAUUGGAGGCUUGCUAUCAAGAAAAAGGAGGCCUAGCGAAUGGGAAAGAAUUCUUAACAACUUGGAUGCACAUUUUGCUCGAGACCCAAAUGGCGUUUCCGCGAUACUUGCUUUGAGCUACAAUGACUUGCCAUUUUACUUGAAAUCUUGCUUCUUUUAUUUAGGCCAUUUCCCAGAAGAUUAUUCUAUUCAUGCCCACAAAUUAUUUCGGCUAUGGAUUGCAGAGGGUUUGAUUCCACAUCAAGGAGAAAGAAUGGAGGAUGUUGCAGAGGAUUACUUGAACGAGCUGAUACAGCGAAACAUGGUUCAAGCAGAAAGAAUGAGUGUCAACGGGAGGGUCAAGCAAUGCCGUUUGCAUGAUCUGCUACGAGACCUCUCCACCUCGAAGGCAAAGGCACAGAAUUUUCUUCAGAUUCCGGGUGAUGAAAAUUUCACAUCUUUGGCUAGAUGUCGUCGCCAUCCAAUAUAUUCUGAUUCUCAUUUGUCUAGCUUGGGAUUUUUCAGUCCACACCUCCGUUCCCUCCUCUUCUUUAGAGUUGUCACUAGAGUUCGUUAUCGAUAUUUCAUUGGUAGACAUGUCUACGGUUUUUAUGAAUUAUCAAAUGCCAAUUUUGACUACAUUAGCAGGAAUUUCAGACUGUUAAGAAUCCUAGAGUUAGAGGGUAUAUCAUGUGGCAGAAUUCCAAGCACAAUUGGUGAUCUGAUACAUUUGAGUUACUUGGGAUUGAAGGAGACUAACAUACAAGUGCUUCCAUCAACAUUAGGUUCUCUGUGUAACCUGCAAACUCUUGAUAUUGCAAGAAAUCUUCACCUUAGGAUAGUUCCUAAUGUCAUUUGGAACAUGAGAAAUUUGCGACACCUUUACAUGUGUGGGCAAUCUGGCGGGUUCCUGAGAAUCGACAACCUUAAGCAUUUGCAGACUCUGUCAGGGAUUGAUGUCAGCAGAUGGAAACAGAACAACUCUGCACAUCUAACUAGUCUUCGAAAAUUGAAGAUGAGAGGAAACUUGAGCUUAGACACAAUUGCAAUUUUUGAUUCCAUUUCAGCCCUUUUGCAACUUCGAUCCCUCUACCUGCGAGCUGAAGGUGCUGAGUUUCCUACACUUAGUCAACUUGGCUCUCUUCACUCUCUUGUCAAGUUGCAUUUGAAAGGAGGGAUAACACGGUUGCCCAGUCUGCAAGAGUUUCCACCGAAUCUCUCCCAGUUAACAUUAGAAUACACCCAUCUUGAGCAAGUAUCCAUAGAGGUUCUAGAGAAGCUUCCAAAGUUAUCGAUUUUUAGAUUAAAAGCGAAGUCUUACAGCAAAGAAGAACUGGGAAUCUCUGCCAAUGGGUUUCCUCAGUUAGAGUUCCUAGAGUUCAACAGCUUGGAAUCCCUAACAGAAUUGAAAAUAGAAGCAAGUGCAUUGCCAAGGCUUGAAAUAUUUCAAAUUGUCAAUUGCAAGGAGCUAAGAAUGCUCCCUGAAGAGAUGAAACUCAUGACUAGUCUCCAUGAAUUGGUUGUUCAAGAUAUGCCAAGAUUCUUUGUACGUAGACUUCAAGGCGUAGAUCUUCAGAAAGUCCAGCAUAUUCCUUUGAUUAGAUAUAUGUGAUUGGCUAUAGCUGGGUUUAUGAUAUUCAUGUCUCAGCUGCAAUGUCAGCCAUAUCAUAUGUUGGCUGUAAAAUAUUUCUCAACAAAAUUUGUCAUUUAUUCAGUCGAUUCAUCUGUCCUUGCCGAUCUACCUAUAACGUACACAUUUUCUCACAUUUUAAUUGUAUUGAAACUUC